UUCCACAUCCUGGUCCUCAUAUCCCGGCAUAGAGAGUCCAGUGAACAUUCUCCAGUAGUUUGUGGAAAAUAGAACGAAGGACAUCGGAAUGUUUUCAGACUGGGAGGCGAAGCCAGCCGUCGGUAUAGCCAUAGCGGUUAUUUCCAGCUUCAUCAACGGCUCGACAUUUGUGCUUCAGAAGAAAGGGAUACUACGAUCACGCCAACGAGGGGUUUCAUAUUUGAAAGAUGCGGUGUGGUGGAGCGGCACGUUAUCCAUGGUCGUAGGUCAAAUUGGGAAUUUCCUGGCCUACAACGCGGCCCCCGCCGUCAUCGUCGCGCCGCUGGGGGCGCUUGGAGUUCUAUUUGGAGCGGUCCUGGCGUCUCGGAUCCUUGAGGAGCGCUUAAAUACGCUGGGCAAGCUGGGCUGCGUGUUGUGCUGCUGCGGCUCGGCGGCGCUGGUGCUGCACGCGCCCGCUUCGCAGAGCGUGACGACGGCGCGCCAGCUGGAGGCCGGGCUGGCGGACCCAGGUGACGGCGGCCUCAUCGCCUCGCUCAGUACAAGCUCUGUUUGUGACCUACGCGGUACUGGUGGCGCUGACGCUGGCGGCGCUGAUGGGACGGACGGCCCCCGCCUCCGGCCGGCCCGACGUGGGCACGUACGCGGCCAUCUGCUCCCUGCUGGGAUGCUUCACGGUGCCCUGCAGCAAGGGCCUGGGCGUGGCGGCGCGCGACCUCCUCUCGGGCGGCCCGUCCGUCGCCUUGUUCCUGGGCCUGCUGGCCACGCUGGGCGCCGGCGUGCUGCUGCAGUUGUUCUACAUCAACAAGGCCCUGGAGGCGUUCGGCUCGCACGUGUUCGAGGCCGUCUACUACGCGGCGUUCACGGCGGCGGCGCCGGUGUCGUCGGCGUUGCUCUUCGGGGAGUGGACGGCGCCGACGGCGGCCGACUGGGCGGCCGGGCUCUGCGGCUGGGUCACGGCGUGCGUGGGCGUCGCCAUGCUGCGCCUGUCGCAGGAAACCUCGCUCGUCUGGAAGCAAACCAAAAAGACGGCGUGAUACGGGCUUUAACACAUUUUUCUUUUCUGGUGCUCGGGUCCAGAGCGAUUCCCCGGAUACGCGCGGUUCAGAAGUCGCAAUUUUGCCCGGAAGCAGACCAAGAGGAACCGCUUUCGUGUGAACUAACACAUUUUUUCCUCUGUUCAGGUUUGCAGGGAAUAUGUGACAAAUAUGUAACCCUUGCAUAGACGUUGUUCAGGAUUCGCACACCCCUAUACAGUUUUUAUUUAUAUUUAUUAAUGUGUCUAAAUGGGCUGCACGGUGGAUCAGCUGGAAAGCGUCUGCCUCACAGUUCUGAGGUCCCGGGUUCGACCCCGGACCCGACUGUGUGGAGUUAGCAUGUUCUCCCCGUGCUUGCGUGGCUUUUCGGGUUUCUUCCCACAUCCCAAAAACACGCGACAUUAACUGGACACUCUAAAUUGCCCCGAGGUGUGAUUGCGAGCGUUUGUCUCGAUGUGCCCUGCGAUUGGCCAGCAACCAGUUCGGGGUGCACCCCGCCUCCUGCCCGUUGACAGCUGGGAUAGGCUCCAGCUCUCCUGCGACCCUCGUGAGGAUAAGGGGCUAACAAAAUGGAUUGAUGGAUGGAUGUCUAAAUGCCAAAAGUGGAAUUCUUAUUAACUUUGGUUUACAGUGCUAGCAUAUAUGAUAUCAGUUCACUUUAUUCCAGUGUGCUAUUGAAGCUAGUAUGCUAGGUAAUACUAUUGUAUUGAUGAAAGUACCUAAAUAACAAAACAUUUAAGUACCGGAGGGUCGUGAUUGUGUACAUUCUAAAUGCAUAAUGUUGAUGCUUUAUGAUCAUCUAUGUUUAAAGUGUUUUGUCCGUCUAUAAACAAAUACAACCCCCAGCGGGAAUGUUAUACAGGAAUCUAAAAAAAAAAUCUCCGCUGUGAGAAAGCUGCCAAGCAGAUA